GUGUAGUACAAACUGUCAGUUGGUGCAGUAACUAACUAAUUGCUCUUCAUUACGGGACCAAGGUGUUUUGUUGAUGUAAUUUAGUAUUAUUCAGCCUUAUUACUAUUUACAUAAGCUCAAGUUCAUGUAAAUGGCAAGAACAGUGUAACCCGCUGAAGUUCUGUCUCUUGAUCACUGAGCUGAGAGCAGAAGAUCGCGGAUGAGAGUCAUUAGCAUCGCGUGUGUGUGAACAGAUGAUAUCUGCAGCUGCGCAGCCGGAAGUGACGGAACACGUGCACUGUGCGUGACGUCAGAGUUCGGGGAGUGACGCGAGUGCGUGCGUGGUGACGUCGCGCGGCGAAGCGGAGAUGAUGAACGGGAUGACAGACAGCAGGAGGCAGCGACAGAUGUGACGCGUCGAUGAAAUAAAUCACCCGAUAGAUCGCGCUGGGACCGUCUGAUCGCCGCGGGAGGAGGAGGAGGAGGAUGAUGAAGAUCCGGCGGCAGCAGCAGCAUCACCGUGCAUCUCUAUCUGGAGCUCCAGCGACGGCUGCAUGUGUGUGUUAGUCUGCAGGAUCAUCUGCUCGGAUAUUACUCGUCUUCUUCAUCAUCAUCUUCAUCAUGAACAGCUGUCGGAGUGAAUCACUUUGAUUCAGAUUCAGAUUCAGCAUCAGCAUCAGCGCGAGCUUUAUAACGGAGCCAGCAAAAUGGGAGAGCAGCCCAUCUUCAGCACCAGAGCGCACGUCUUCCAGAUCGACCCCAACACCAAGAAGAACUGGGUUCCCACCAGCAAACACGCCGUCACCGUGUCCUACUUCUACGACAGCACGCGCAACGUCUACCGCAUCAUCAGCCUGGACGGGUCAAAGGCCAUCAUCAACAGCACCAUCACCCCAAACAUGACCUUCACCAAGACCUCACACAAGUUCGGUCAGUGGGCAGACAGUCGGGCCAACACCGUGUACGGCCUGGGCUUCUCCUCCGAGGCCCAUCUGAGCAAAUUUGCUGACAAGUUCGCGGAGUUCAAAGAAGCGGCGCGGUUAGCGAAAGAGAAAUCUCAGGAGAAGAUGGAGUUAACCAGCACACCCUCGCAGCGCAAACCCGUCUCGUGUUUCCCGCGGCUGAAGGAAUCAGCGACGGGCGACCUUCAGUCUCCUGUGACUCCAGAGAGCAUCAACGGCACAGACGACCGAGUGACCCCCGACACAGCCUUCAGCACAGAGAGCCGCGCCGAGAUCAACACUGUGCCCUUCCCUCACAGCUCCACGACGAUCACCAAGCACUGGGAGGCCGAGCUGGCGGCUCUGAAGGGGAACAACGCCAAGCUGACGGCGGCGCUGCUGGAGUCCACGGCUAACGUCAAGCAGUGGAAGCAGCAGCUAGCGGCGUAUCAGGACGAGGCCGAGCGACUGCACAAGCGGGUCACGGAGCUGGAGUGUGUGAGCGGACAAACCGCUGGCGUCAAAACACAGAAAACAGAGCUGAACCAGACCAUCGAGGAGCUGGAGGCCGAGCUGAAGGCCAAAGAGGAGGAACUGGAGAAGCUGAAAGAGGAAGUGGAGAAAGCCAGCCAGCUGCAAACACAGAGAGAUUCGCUCAGUCAGAAACUACAGGAGACGGAGCUGAGGAACACGGAGCUGGAGUGUCAGCUGCUGGAUCUGGAGCAGCGUCUGGAGAACCGGCGUCUGGAGAGCGAGAGCUUCAGGAAGAGCCUGCGCUCGCUGCUGGAGCUUCUGGACGGAAAGAUCUUCCAGCUCACCGAGCUACGAGACAGUCUGGCCAAACUGAUGGAGAGCGACAGCAGCUAGAGACCAGACGAGACACACACACACACACACACACACACAGACAGAGACGCACACACGCGCGCAUGCGCACACACAGAGACAGACAGAGACACACACACACACACACACACACACACACACACACAGAGACACGCUCACACACACACACACACACACAGUUUAACAUGACUCGCUCUGGUCUCGGGUCACACACACACACACACACACACACAGUUUAACAUGGCUCGCUCUGGUCUCGGGUCACACACACACACACACAGUUUAACAUGGCUCGCUCUGGUCUCGGGUCACACACACACACACACACACAGUUUAACAUGGCUCGCUCUGGUCUCGGGUCACACACACACACACACACACAGUUUAACAUGGCUCGCUCUGGUCUCGGGUCACACACACACACACACACACACAGUUUAACAUGGCUCGCUCUGGUCUCGGGUCACACACACACACACACACACACACACACACACACAGUUUAACAUGGCUCGCUCUGGUCUCGGUUCACACACACACACACACACACACACACAGUUUAACAUGGCUCGCUCUGGUCUCGGGUCACACACACACACACACACACACACACAGUUUAACAUGACUCGCUCUGGUCUCGGGUCUCACACACACACACACACACACACACACACACACACACACAGUUUAACAUGGCUCGCUCUGGUCUCGGGUCACACACAGACUGUGGAUCAGGAGAAGCGUGAUUACUCAGUAAAGACUCUCGGCGUGUUUGGCUCGCGCAGGUUUUCUAUAAAAGCGUCACGAACUGAACUGAAGAUCCGCUGUGUUUAUCUGCUACUCUUCCACUCUUGAACUUCCACUGAAAUCUGAGCAAUACGAGAGAGAAAGGGAAUCAGGUAUCUCCCGUCUCACACACACACACCUGCGAGGACGCUUCGAGCCGCGUCUCAAACACUUUUUAAACACAAACACGAGGGGAUCGGUGCACUGAGGGCAGAUCGCACGCUUUCCUGGGCUUUUUGUUUUUGCUCUUUAUGAAGAGCAACGGUUUACUUCCUACUGUAUGAUUUUUGGUUAUUUAUUGUAAAAAAAAAAAAUGAUAUCUAUAUAUUCUAAUCACAGUGGCUGCAUUAAGUAGUUAUUUCAAGUAUAAAGAUGUUUGUUUUCAUUUGCAAUGUGGAAAUAUGGUUGUUUUUUAAUGUGGAGAUAAACUGGCAAUAUUUUUGAACUCUUUAAAUAUUUAAAAGGGAAUCCAUGUCAUCAAAUAUGAGUUAAUUUUGCAGAGAGGGUGUAUUCUUUGCCAAACCUGUUCUCUUGUACAGAUGAAGUUGCCUUCGGUACUGAGAUGCAUCAACGGUAGCGAAUCACGUCCUUCUGAUCGGUGAUCACGCAGAACUUCAAGGGCUCGCAGCAGUUAGAUGUGCUAGUUUUUGACACACUGGAUGGCUUUAUUAUUAUUAUGUUUGAUUUAUGAAACCUUUGAAUAAUAAUUGAGAAUAUUGAUUAUACCACACACUUAAACACAAUUGUAAUUCUGAGUUUAUAGUAAAAUUAAAGAGGAAAAAUGA